GCCAGUGCGCAGCAGGAGAAGAACAAGGCGGGCCUCUCCGUCCCUCGAAGUCCCGGCCAUCCCAAAACAAAAUCCCAGGAUGGGCAACAGUCUGAAAGCCAUAGCUGCUUUUGUGCCCUCUAACAAGUGCCAGAAGUACCUCCUAGAAGACCUAGAAGAGAUGCCAGUGGAUAAAAUGGUGGAUCUGAGUGGCAGGCAGAUGAGGCAGCUGCCUGUGCAUAUUUGCUCUUUUAGGGAACUGGUUAAGCUGUACCUGAGUGACAACAACCUUAACCAUCUGCCCCCGGAGCUGGAGCAGCUGCAAAACCUGCAGAUCUUGGCACUGGACUUCAACAACUUCAAAGCACUGCCCCUAGUUGUGUGCACGCUGAAGCAGCUGUGCAUCCUCUACCUGGGCAACAACAAGCUCUGCAGCCUGCCCCUCGAGCUCCGACUCCUGCAGAACCUCAAGACCCUCUGGAUCGAGUCCAACUGCCUGCAGUACCUGCCCGAAGUGGUGUGUGAGCUCAGACUGCUCAAGACCCUGCAUGCCGGCUCCAACGCCCUGCGCACGCUCCCUCCCCAGCUGCAGUGCCUGCAGGAGCUGCGCACCAUCUGGCUGUCAGGAAACCUGCUGUCCGAGUUCCCUCCCGUGCUCCUGGACAUGCCCUUCCUGGAGGUGAUCGACGUGGAUCGCAAUUCCAUCCGGUUCUUCCCCAGCCUAGCUCACCUCCCUGGCCUGAAGCUGGUGAUCUACGACCACAACCCCUGCAGGAACGCACCCAAAGUGGCCAAAGGGGUGCGCAGGGUGGGGAGAUGGUCAGAGGAGACCCCUGAGCCCCGCAAGCGAUCCGGGGCGGUGAUAGAAAUCACGCUCGACGAGAAACCAUUGCUACCUCCUGCCGCCAAGACCGAGCCAGAAGCUGAGCCCUGCUGAUGCUCAAUUGCUCCUUUUGCCCAAGGUGGCAGUGCACUCACGCCACUGCCCAACCUCUACCUCGCCCUUGCUUGCUGGUGUCCAGGGAUCACCACACCACCUGGCAGUCAUCAGGAGUAUGUGCACCAGCUUGGAGAUAAUGUGACAGCAAAACUCUUGUACAGACCCAUCUUGUACCUGUCUUUGUGCACCACCCAGCACUCUUCCUAGAACAGACUUCUUCUCUUUCCCGCUCCCCCCAUGCUGGGACCACUCAGAGUUCACAGCAGAGAUGAAGACUCAGUCUAGCUGUUUUCUAUGGGUAGAUUGCAUGGAGCACAUAUGGACUUGCUGCUCUUCACCUGUGGGCUCACUCUUCUCCCUUCCACCUUGCUGAGGUGUCCCAGCUCAGCUGGAAGCUACUGUUCAAGAUGGUCACUGCUGAGACCCACAGCUCUAAAGCAACCCACAGCAUUUGUCCCAAAUUACUUAUCUGAAAUGCAGCAACACCUUGAAGGUUCCCCUGUCUGACGCGUGCAAAGUGGUAGCAGAGUCCUGGCUGCACUUUCAAGGAAACAGCAUGUAUGAAAAGGGGGCUCUCCUCCUUUGCUGCUGCCUUCUUCCUGCAAUAGUUCUUGGUACUGUUUGAGUACUGCCAAACAGCAUUUCAAACGAUGGUGAGGAGAGCUGUAGGCUUUACUGCUGGGUUUUGUUACUGACAACACUGCCUCUAAGGGCAGCUGUACAGGACAAGUUUUCAUGCA